AUGCGCGCCAGAGUUGCGACUCUCGCCGCCGCCGCUCUAGGACUCUUCCUCCUCCUCCAACUGGUCAGUCCACACUCCAACCAGAUCUUCUCGCACACGCAAAGAUGGACGACUGCUUCGUCCUCGAUGAUCCGAUCCAAAUUCCUCCGGGCUAAAGCUAGAGCUCCUCGUCCCCCGAUUCACCAUCCUAUUCCUGAUCUGAUGGAAGAAGCGAGGACGAAAUACAUCGAAAAGAUCAACCGUCAAUCUGCUACCGUCGAAGACGCUGUCAAGGAAUAUCGCAGACGAUACAACAAGAACCCUCCCAAGGGUUUUGACAAAUGGUAUCAAUUUGCAAAGGACCACGACGCAGUCAUUUUUGAUGAAUACGAUCAGCUUGACCGAGAUCUCAAACCUUUCUGGCUUUUCUCCGGUGCGGAGCUGCGAAGACGGUGCAUCCAAGUCGGAUUCCUGCCGUCGGUCGAUCUUGUCCGAAUCGAGAACGGAACCACGCGCACAAUCGAUGUGAGCAAGGGCUUUGAUGAUGCGGAAGUAGGAGCUCGUGCAAAGGGUUUCCGAGUCAUGCUAGAAAAGUUCCAGCGCGAACUGCCAGACAUGGACUUCCCUAUCAACGAAAAGGCAGAGGGUCGUAUCCUGGUACCGUGGGAGGAAAACCAAUACUCCAAUCUCACGGCGGAUUCUUCUGGUGGCAUCGAAUCGGUCCUCGGUGGAGAAUUCAUUCCUGAUUGGAGGGGUGAUGGUAACGUCUGGGAGGCUUACCGACGAACAUGCGAUCCAUCAUCCCAGGCGAGACGGCUAUUCGGAUCUCUUCGUGCGAAACUGAAGGAAGGUCAGAAACCAAUUUCUCGCUUGGCAGACGCCGGUGUCACUGCUGGACCAAAGGGCGACGAAUUCAUCUUCGCGGAGGAUGUGGACGACAAGUACGAUUUCUGCGAUCAUCCCUGGGCCCACUACAACCAGGGACAUUUCUUCUCCGAUUGGCGAACCAUUCACGCCCUGUAUCCCAUGUUCUCGCCCGCCAAAGGUGUUGGCUAUUCAGAUAUUCUGAUCCCCAGUCACUACUACUUUUCUUCAACAAAGAGAUAUACCUAUGGUUGGGACCCAGUCAAUAUGAAGAUCCACGAUGUGGACGACAUGGAGACAGACUGGGAUGAUAAGUCGACCGAUAUUUUCUGGCGAGGAGCUACCACUGGAGGAGGAAGUAGUCCUCCUGGAUUCCUGGCGCAAUAUCAAAGGCACAGAUUGAUCAAGAUGACCUCUGACAUGAGCGAUGCUGAGAAGACUGUUGUCUUUGCCGACCCGCCGGGUAGCACCAACUUCAUUUCCGCCUCGAUCCCUAUCGCAGAAUUGAACGCCGACAUGAUGGACGUCGCUUUCACCAAGGCUGUCGGAUGUACUCAAUAUCCAGGAGGUUGUGAUGGGAUGCGAAAAGAUCACCGUUUUGCGGACGCCGUACCGUUGGGAGAGAAUUGGAGGCACAAAUACCUCAUUGAUAUCGAUGGUAUGGGUUACUCUGCGCGUCUAUUUGCCCUGCUCAAGUCGGAAAGUGCCGUCCUCAAGUCAACCGUCUACACCGAGUUCUGUUCCGAAUGGCUGCAGCCCUGGCUGCACUACAUUCCCGUUACCCAACUUUACAAUGAGAUCUACAACAUUUUCGCGUUCUUCUCAGGACCUACCAGAUCCAUGAUCGAGGCCGCCAACGCCACCCGGGGCACCUAUCAGUCCGCCGGACUCCUAUCUGGCCACCUUGACGGCGAUGCAGAACUCAGGAAAAUAGCCAGUGCCGGUCGUGAAUGGAUGUUCAGUGUUGGAAGAAAGAUUGACAUGGAAAUCUACGUGUACCGACUUUGUAUCGAAUGGGCGAGACUGGUUGCGGAUGAUCGAGAGGCAAUGACCUAUGGCAAUUAG